AUGGGGUUUUCAGUAAAGUCAUGGUCACCCGCAAACUGGGCAAAAGUCCAUUUUGAUCAUGUCGACCCUAGAUCAAAUGCCGCGACAGACGAUGCUAGGAGAAGCCUUGCCCAUCUCGAUUACUCUCCGUUACAGAGAGUAUCAGCAAGAUCAUUCAGCAUGGCAGUGCUCAUUUCAAUGGGUGGUUUAAUCUUCGGCUAUGAUACUGGUCAGAUCUCCGGCUUCCUUGAGAUGCCGGAUUUCCAAAGGCGAUUUGGCGAAUACAACGCAGCCACCGGCGCCUAUACAUUUAGUAACGUCCGAUCUGGCCUGAUUGUGGCAAUGUUAUCCAUUGGAACCUUGAUCGGUGCUCUCUGUGCAGCGCCAAUCGCCGAUGCCAUAGGACGCCGUCUAAGUAUGACUUUCUGGGCUCUUAUCUUCAUGGUCGGCCUGAUUGUACAGAUCAGCACUGACAAUCAUUGGUACCAAAUCAUGAUGGGUCGAUGGGUGGCUGGUUUGGGGGUCGGUGCCCUCAGUGUUCUCGUUCCCCUUUACCAGGGAGAAACAGCACCAAGAUAUAUCCGUGGAGCCCUAAUUAGCUGUUACCAGCUCUUCAUCACACUCGGAAUCUUCCUCGCUGCCUGCUUCAACUUCGGACUAUACGAGCACCAGCGGCAAAGCAACGCUAGCUGGCGUGUGCCGAUCGGCAUUGGUUUCCUGUUUGGAAUCGUUCUCGCUGCAGGCAUUCUCCUGUUUCCAGAAACACCACGGUUCGAUUAUCGGAAGGGGCGAACUGAAGAGGCGAAGCAAACUAUGAUGAGGGUUCAUAAUUGUCCACCUAACCACUAUGUUAUCCACGCGGAAUUGGAAGAGAUUGAAGCCAAGCUCAAAGCCGAGAGAGCCGUGAAGGGCACCUUCAUUGAUGAAGUUUCGGCAAUGAUGGCAGCUCCCAAGGUCCCCUAUCGACUCGUGCUCGGCAUCUCACUCCAGGCAUUACAACAGCUGACUGGAGCGAAUUUUUUCUUUUACUACAGUACCGGUAUCAACAAUUCGUUCGUCACUCAGAUGAUCUUGAACGGAAUCAAUUUCGGUGUGACCUUUAUUGGUUUGUACAUCGUUGAACACUAUGGUCGCCGACGUAGUCUUGUGGCCGGUGCGAUAUGGAUGUUCGUUUGCUUUAUGGUAUUCGCUUCUGUAGGCCACUUUGGGCUGGAUCGCGAUACUCCGACCAACACUCCAGCUGCGGGAACGGCAAUGAUUGUGUUUGCCUGUCUCUUCAUUCUAGGCUACGCCACUACAUGGGGUCCUAUGGUCUGGACGAUCAUCGCGGAAUUAUAUCCGAAUCGCUUCAGGGCUAAGGGUAUCUCUUUAGCAACGGCCUCUAAUUGGCUGUGGAAUUUUCUCAUUGCAUUCUUCUCGCCAUUCAUCACAGGUGCCAUUGACUUUCGUUACGGCUACGUGUUUGCUGCAUGUAACGUUCUGGCCGGGCUUGUCGUCUACUUUUUCGUUAUGGAAGGCCAAGGAAGAACAUUGGAAGAGAUAGAUACUAUGUACAUUUCUGGAGUAAAGCCUUGGAAUUCUACUAACUGGGUGGCUCCGACCGCGGCAGAGAUUGCACAGAUACGAAAAGAGGCUGGCACUGCUGACGCUGCGGUGGAAGAAGGAAUGAGACCAAGCGAAGAGACUGCAAAGGAGAAACCGGGCGAUGACGGGCCCAUCCACCGCGAGUAG